GCGGUGGAGUCAAAUUCGUUGUGUUGUUACUUCUGUUGAUCAUUGGUAAUUUUGUUGGUUGCUGGCCGUGCGGUUAGCCGUGCGGUGUGUUCCAUGUGUGCCGCCGUAGCUUUCUCUGUAGCCAUCGGAUCGGAGAGGCCGUCGCAUUAAUUUAACUGUUGUUCAAGAAUACGAGCUGAGAAAUCAUGGCUAUUUCCCCUCAAAUUCUUAGCAUUUUGGUUGCCAUAGUGGUCAUCAUCCUCACAGCUGCGCUUGUAUUUUGGCAACGAAGACGUGCAUCCAGAUCUGGAAUUCUCAUGGUCGGUCUCAACGAUAGCGGAAAGACGCUCCUGUUCAGCCACCUAGUCCACAACAAGUUUGUCGACACCUAUACUUCCGUCAAGGAAAACAUUGGAGAUUUUGCCAACAACAAGGCUACUCUCAAAAUCAUUGAUAUCCCUGGUCACGAAAGAGUGAGAGGAAAAUUUUUCGACCAACACAAACAAAAUGCCCGAGGAAUUGCCUUCAUUGUUGACUCCUCCACUUUGCAAUCCAACAUCAGAGAUGUGGCUGAGUACUUGUACAGCCUACUGACUGAUCAAGUUGUUGCAUCCUCCUCGCCGUGGUUUCUGAUUGUUUGUAACAAGCAGGACCAGACCAUGGCCAAGGGCAGCAGUGCAGUGAAGAAGUUGUUGGAAAAGGAACUGAAUACCUUACGCAAGACGAAACAUAACCGGCUGGCCAAUUUAGACAACUCUGCAGAAAAAGUUAUCUCUUUGGGUGGAGAGGAUAAAGAUUUUGAAUUUGAGCAGCUCAACAAAAUUAGAGUCAACUUUGCCGAAACAUCUCUCUUCAAUUCAGCUUCGAAAGACUCUAUUGAUUAUAAGCAAGUAGAAAUUUGGCUGGAAAACAUUGCUGGUUAAUUAUAUUGUAAGUUUUUUGCAAAAUUAAAAACUUUUAUUCAA